AUGCGCCCUCUGGAUCAUGUGCCAGGCUGGUGUCGUCUAGUUGGACAGAUGUGCUGCCUUGCUAGGCAACGUCGGCAGGCCUGUGCCCAGGGAAUAAAUAUGGCAGCAUCAGACUUCCAGCCUCCUUUUGGCUCUGCUAGUUCUGCAUCAGCCUAUUCUAAAGCCGAUGAAUCUGGAGCCAACUCUGCCCAGAAUAACGAAAAUUUAAAACAUAACAACCCGUCUGGACAGUCGAUCCCUUUUUCUCUUCCAAUAUCGGUAGCGCUGACAAAGUUGACACCAGAAGGAAUAAACCGUUCAGCCGACGAACUUGACUCGGAGGCAUUUGCUUCUAUCAAAGAAGGUCCUGUAUAUCAAAGGGCUAGCAUUGAUAUGAAUGAUAUGAUGAGGGUAUUAUCGGAAGAUAAAUGUAACAACGAUGCUGGGAUGCAGUUAUACUAUUCUGAGGGGCUAGCAAGAAUUGCAAGAGUAUGUAUUGGAUUUAUACACUUUUCCCACCAUUAA